AAAAAGGCUGAUAAAAAGGGAACUCGGACAGAACAGUUAUUUCUAGAGAUGAAGUCCUUACCUAGAAAACAGCCCAUCUGAAGUUUGAAUUGGGGAGCUUAAUGACUGCUUAUCUGGUUGUCAGAAAACCAAGGUACUCAAAGCAAAAAUCCAGAUUUCUUUUCUACUUGCUGAUGUAAUAGGUCAUCAUUUUCGCUCUGAUCAGGAUUCAGAAUUGGAGAGAUUUCACCGAGGAGUACAGCUGUCAUUGUGAUAAAGUGACUUUCAAUCAGCUAUGCAAUGAAAAUCAUGGUUGGGCUGUCACAGUUAUAACCUUGUGACAAACACAAGAACAUUUUAGGUGCCAGAAGGUUAAAGUGUGAAGUAGUCUGAAUUCUUGUGGUUAUAACAUCAGAUAGCUCUCGGGAUUGGGUUUUCUUUGCUUAUUUUCAAUUGGAAGGAUACCCUCCCUGCAACCACCCCCCGACAAAAAAAGUAUACUUGUUCUCACAACAAUCUGGUGCACUAUAUAUCUUUACCAUAAAUUGCACCCAAUUAUUACUGUCACACAUGGUAGACACAGUCUUAUCUCUCUGUAGGCUAAACAAAGAGCAAAGGUAGCUUCACUCCAGAAUGAAACUAUAGAUGAAAUAGCAAGAGCUCUUCCAGUGGGGAAAAAAGAAGACUAGCUCUUCAAAAUCCUUUGGAGGGAACUCCUCUUCCCACCUCUCGUAAGGUGCUAUUUAAAAACAUGUCUGCAGUGUUGGAAAUUAUGGGUUUUCUGCUGAGCUUGGGAGGAUGGCUAGUCCUGGGGUCCACUUUGCCCAAUGGUUACUGGAAAGUUUCUACCCUGCAUGGCAGUGUGAUCACCACCUCCACCUUGUAUGAGAACUUGUGGAAAAGCUGUGCAGAAGACAGCACAGGCAUCUCCAAUUGCAAAAAAUUUGACUCCAUGUUAGCCCUUCCUGAUUACAUACAAGCCUGUCGGGCUCUAAUGAUCGCAUCCCUUGUUUUGGGGUUUCUGGCCACCAUGUUGUCCAUGUUUGGUUUGCAGUGCACCAACGUGGGCUCUACUGAUGAAAAAACCAAAGGAAAGAUCGCAGUGACUGGAGGAUCGCUUUUUAUUUUAAGUGGGGUUUUGGCUCUGGUGACCCUGUCUUGGUAUGCUGCCAGGAUCACUGCUCAGUUUUUUGACCCACUGGAUGGUGGAACCAAAUAUGAACUAGGAAGUGCUUUAUACAUAGGCUGGUUUGGGUGCCUCCUUGAUAUCCUCGGUGGAGCCUUUUUGACUUGUUCAUGCAAGCAGAAUAAACAAGUCUCAUACAGUAACCACAGAUAUGACUAUUCAGCUGCUCCAACAACAGGACGCAUUUAUAAAAACCCAGAAUCCCUUUCUUCCAAAGUCUACGUCUAAGGGCAGAGUUCUCUUUGUUAUAAAUUGGUCAUAAUGUUAUUAAUAUUUUUUCAAGGAAAGCAAAACAUCAUUUUUAUAACUUUUUAUUCUAGUGUUCUGUGUUCUGCUAAGCCAAAAAAAAAUCAAAUUAAUCCUUGCCAAGGGAAAUGCUAAAAGAUCAAAAUGCUAGUUUCUGGAAGAGGAAAGUCAUUUACUCACACAUGCAUAUAAGAUUUCAUAUGUUCAGCCAAAUUCCAGUUCAAUCAGUAUACGGGGAAAGCAGAACGAUGGAGAGCAUUAUGGGAAGGUUCCUGAUGAAAUAAAGAAGUGGAAAAGUGGGCUAUUUAGUGACAUGGGAAAAAUUCCCACAAAGUUGGUUAGGAUGAAAAUUUAAUUGUAUGUUGCCUGGUGAGGCUAUUUGGGCAAUAAGGAAUGGGAGGCAUUUUCUGAUUACACAAAGCUAUAUUCAUUGCGGUCCAUCAAAUUAAUACGUGAAUAGAUUGAGAAAGCAGUGGAAAUUUCUAACCAGCCAAUGAGAUUUAAAGAUAAGCUGUAAGGUGUGUAAGUAGGGCUAGCCAACUUUGAUAACCCCUAUCUCAUUGGCUUAGAGAAAACAAAUGACAGGUAUAGUGGCUUGUCCCAUUAACAAUUUAUAAUUUCACUGAUUGAUUGGAUUUUAACUAUCUCUGACUUUCUGUUCAGGGUUUGGCAGUGAAGGAAGUUCAGCUGUUAAAUGAAAAAGUGAAAACAGGAGGUGAAGUAAGGGGAAUGGACAGGUCAGCAAAAAUUUUCAAAUCUCUCCAAAUCGGUCUCUCUGGAGCAAACCUUUUUACUAAAUAAAGAAGCAUCCAUAUAUUCCAUAUUCAUCUCAUGGGAAGUGGCAAUUAGUGUGAUUAAGCUGCAAUGUUCCAAAUGCUUUUAUUCUUCACUGAUUAUGUGGCAAAAAUAUUCAGUCAUCAGCAUUCCGCUCUCAAAUUAACCUCUGCCAAAAUGUUGUUUGGGACUGUAUUAAUAUUUUGAGGUGCCGCCAGAUUUUUCAUAUCUCAUAUUUCUCUCGUCCCUUAGAUUGAUCUGGUACAAAGGCCUUGCUUACCCAGUUUCACAAUUUCUCUUCUGCCUUUUAAAAAUGUUGAAAACUGCUAUUAAAAGCAUAGUUUUAACAACAA